AGUAAUAGGACUCGGUAUUGGGUCAGACGCAAUUUUGUUUUCAAGUACUACAAUUCGGUAGCGUUACAUAAAAGCUUUUACUUUAAAGUGUUGUCACUCAAAAGGAAAUCAAACAACGUUUCUAUUGUCAAGUGCUGGAAUUUAGUAAUGGACAGAUGAAAUUUUAUUGAUGAACUAUACCGCUCAGAUUGUGUAUCAAACUUUCUUUCUCAAGUGAUACAACUCAACAAUGGAGCGAAUUACUCCUAACUGCCUAGUGAGCAGCACUCUUCUCUACUGAACGCAGCCAUUUUUUCCAAGUUUAGCUCGACUACGUUUGGCUGACAGGUUAUACGUGUAUAGCCAUGAACGGUAUUUCUGCUGACAGUUUAGAGGCGGCACGACAAUAAUUCAUCUCUCCUAUGUAACGUUUCGUAGAUUAGCGAAGUUGUAUCGUCAUGAUUUCUACAGCCCCAUUUGUUUCGCUGCUUCUUCUCUUGCUACAUGCCAAGGCGAGUCCUGUGCUGGACAGGCAACAUCCAAAAUUGUUGGUCGUUUCUUACGAUGCAUUUAGAUACGACUAUUUCAAGAGAAAUCUGACGCCGUUCAUGAGCCAGUUAAAAACAAAUGGCACCUCUGCAGAUUACAUGAUGAACAUCUUUGUCACCAAAACUUUCCCCAAUCAUCAUACAAUGGCAACAGGGUUGUAUGCGGAAACACAUGGGGUUGUAGAUAAUGAGUACUACGAACCUGCAACAGGAAAUGUUACAAAGUAUUCGUACGAACUAUUUCAUUAUGACAACAGUAUUCUUCCAAUUUGGACAAUUAACGAGAAGAGCGGUGGAGAUAGACACAGUGGUACAAUGAUGUGGCCAGGAUCGGUAUUCAAGUAUCAAGGAGUAUAUCCUACUUUUACACAGUCAUUUAAUGAGACAAUUUCAUGGGAAGAUAGAGUUGAUACGUUAAUGUCAUGGUUUGUACAUCCCAUAAAUCCAAUAAAUUUUGGGAUAUUAUACAUCGAAGAGCCAGAUUACCACGGCCAUGCCAUAGGAAUUAAUAGUCCUGAAUUUGAUAAAAUCCUACAAAAGUUGGACAAUAUCACGAGAUAUAUGCAUGAGAAAAUUGAUCAUCACGGGUUGACGGAUUUGAACGUAAUUCACUUAAGUGAUCAUGGCAUGGCAUCCGUCACGAUGGAAAGGAUAAUAAAUCUGACAAAUUACAUCAAUCCGGAGGAUUACGCAUUCGUGGGAACAUCGCCAGGAUUACAUAUAUAUCCACAUUCUGGAAAGGAGGAAGCAAUUUAUCAAAAAUUAAAAUCCGCUGCGCAGCAAACAAAUACAUUUAGAGUCUAUAAAAGAGAAGAUAUCCCAAAGAAAUACCACUAUGGCAAUAAUACUCGUGUUGGUCCCAUUUUUGUUAUAGCCGAAGUUGGAUACGCGUUUCAGAAUCUGUAUAGUGCUAUAGAUUAUUACAAACAGAAAUUUAAUAUUACGGUCACCAAUCGGACAGAAUUUGGGCUGCAUGGGUACGAUAACGAGGCUGUGGAGAUGCAUCCGUUCUUUUUCGCAAAUGGUCCUGCCUUUAUACCGGGAUGUGUAUUGGAACCUUUCAAUAACACAGACCUGUUUCCUCUGUUUUGUAAAAUACUUGAUUUAGAAUGCCCCACGGUGAAUGGUACUUUAUCGCAUAUAACAAAGUGCCUUAGGACGCAAUCGAAACAUAUAUCAAUAUCUACGUAUAAGAUCUUGUUUGCAGUUACUAUAUUCGUUAUUACAUUACUAGGAAUUAUUGUAGUAGCGACAAUAAUUUAUAGGAAAAAAUUGAUAUCAACAGAAAGUUGUAGGCUGGAGCCGAAUCGCGGUCGUCGCAGCCGCCCGAGGAAAGUGUUGGCUCCUCUCUUUUCUCGGGGAGCUUCGGAGAUCUCGGUGGACUGCGAGAUGCCGCCGCAGGAGAAUUUCUCCGGAGGGGCCGCCGAGGAUCUCUCACCGAGGGGCCCGAGUUCCGACGGCCUGUCGACCUCGGCCUCGUCCGACGGACUUCCGGCGAUCGAGGAGAAGCGCGCCAAGAACCGCAAGGACGCCGACAGCCAAGAUGACGGCCAGGAACAGCCCAAGGACAUGGACUUUGACGACUUGUUGCCGCACAUCGGCGAGUUCGGCACCUAUCAGAGGAUCCUCUUCGUGCUGAUGAUACCGUUCGCCUUCUUCGUCGCUUGGGUGUACUUUUCGCAGAUUUUCAUCACCCUCGUGCCGGAUGAGUACUGGUGUCGCGUACCGGAACUGCAGAACCUCACGGUCGAGGAAAGGAUCGCGUUGGCGAUACCGACUGGUGAGGAUGGCCAUUCAAAGUGCACCAUGUACGACGUGAAUUAUACGGAGGUGCUACUGAAGGGGAUAAAAGAGGCGGAUCCGAGCUGGCCGACGAGGAGUUGCUCGCACGGUUGGGAAUUUAAUUUUUCCGACAUCCCCUACGAGACUGUGGCAACUGAGUUGGGAUGGGUGUGCGAGCACAGCGCGCUGCCGACGACCGCCCAGAGCGUCUUCUUCGUCGGCGCGAUCUUCGGCGGCCUGAUCUUCGGAUGGAUCGCCGAUAGAUACGGCAGGAUACCGGCACUGGUCGGUGCAAAUGUUACCGGAUUUCUGGCGGGUGUUGCCACGGUGCUAGCAAACAGCUUUUGGGAGUUUGCGCUAUGUCGGUUCUUCGUCGGCUUCGCCUUCGAUAACUGCUUCACCAUGAUGUACAUAUUAGUGUUGGAAUACGUGGGACCAAAGUGGCGGACUUUCGUGGCGAACAUGUCGAUAGCUCUCUUCUUCACGUUCGCCGCCUGCAUCUUACCUUGGAUCGCGUAUUUCCUGGCCGACUGGAGAAUGACCUGCAUCACCAUAUCCGUUCCUCUGGCUCUGGCGAUAGCGGCACCUUGGUUGGUACCGGAGAGCGCGAGGUGGCUCGUUAGUCAAGGCCAAGUGGAAAAAGCGAUUAAAAUCCUAGGUAAAUUCGAGCGAAUCAACGGCACGAAAGUACCCGAGAACGUUUACCAGAACUUCCGUGAAACCUGCGCUAGAGUGUGCAAGGAGCAAGAAGCGGACAAAACUUACUCCGUGGUGGACUUAUUUAGGAGUCCACGUUUACGAAACAUUACGUUACUUUUGAUUAUUAUCUGGAUGGCGAUAUCGCUGGUAUUCGAUGGUCACGUAAGAAAUGUGAAUAAUCUCGGGCUGGACGUCUUUAUGACGUUUACUAUCGCGGCAUUCACUGAGCUACCUGCCGACACGUUCCUCACCCUCGUUCUGGAUCGAUGGGGUAGACGAUGGUUGGCAUGUGGUACCAUGGUAAUUUCCGGAAUUUUCAGCAUUUGGGCAAGUGCGGUCUCGAACAAGGUCUAUUCGGCCACCCUGGCGAUCGUUGGUAGAUUUUGGGUGAACAUUUCGUACAACAUCGGUCUUCAAUAUGCAGCCGAAGUAUUACCAACGGUUGUGAGAGCUCAAGGCGUUGCCUUGAUCCACAUAAUGGGAUACGUUGCCAGCAUUCUCGCGCCCUUCGUCGUUUAUCUGGACAUUGUCUCGCCCAUCCUGCCAUUGUUGGUUCUCGGUGUCCUGGGCGUUCUGGGCGGUCUGCUAACGUUGUUCUUACCGGAAACGCUCGACAAAGACUUGCCACAGACUCUACAGGACGGCGAAGAUUUCGGGAAAGAUCAACAGAUGUGGGACAUGCCAUGUCUCUCAAAGAAAAAGCCUGCUGACGUGGAGGUACCGCCAGUAGCCAUCUUCCGGUCGUUCGAACGCAGCAGCCUGCGGAAUUCCAUGAGAGCUUCCACCCGCGGCGAGACCCUGAGGAGCAGCAUGAUACAAAGAUCGAGCAUAAGGUCGCGGAAAAGCGUGAACGCGGCUACGGAAGCGGAAAACAAGUGAAUCAGCGGGAAACGUAGACCCAAUUUUUAAUAUUCCGACAUUUCUCUUUAUCGCUGUUCUUUGCGAAUCGCGUGAUAUCGGAGCAACCAAAAUCAAAUUAUAUUUAAUGUGCACAUUUCUAUCGGAUCUUUGAGCAGUUUUAAAUCAAUGAACCGUUUACCCGGAUUUAUCCGGUGAGAGGGAAUUAUUGUGAUAAUUAUGUAUUAAUGAUAGAGUACUUAGUACUAGACAGAAAGACCGAUUAAAGAGAUUCAAUUAUUAAA